CCUUAAACGACAUGAACCCAACAAACUGCGCCCUAUCCUCUGUUGACUCUGAGCACAUUCCCUUGUCUCAACGCCGAACUUUCUUAUAUUCCCGUUCUGCUGAUUCUUACUCUCCAACUCUCCAAAACGACACUCGCAUACCGCUGGAUGUUGUCGUGAAAAAGGAAAACGAGGAUUGCGAUUCUCGGCAGGUAACAUGUCCCACAUUUCAAACUGAUGCAAGUGGAGUAGAGAGAACUAGUGUUAAUGUCAGCAGUUUAGCCCGAUGUCCGACACUGUCUGUUUAUGAUGGUGUUGUCACUAUAAAGGUUGAGGAUUAUGAGAUUCUUUCAAAUUCUGUUGAUAAGGGUAGAAAAACAUCUCUUCAACUAAAUUUUCCUACCACAGAGGUGAAAAAGGAGAUUCCUGAAGGUGUUGAUGAUGAUCUAGAUCAUAUUGUAUUGAAAAAAAGAUCAAGAAUGCUGCUAGCUAGGAAUCUUUCAGGAUUGUCAUAUACAACCGGUGAGGGGAAUAAUGGAAGCUUGUUGGAAAACAUUAUGGAACAAACUAUUAAAAAAGAAGAUGAAAAGAUUGAUUAUGCUGAUGGGAAAACAAGGGUGGCUAGAGAUGAGUGCUAUGACACCCUAGAAGGAGGUGAUACUACACUAUUUGAAUUACCGCUUGGGGCUACAUCUGGAUCAUCUCUUUCAACUGAUUAUGCCUCAUCUAAAUCAACAGCAUCGGUAAUUUCAGCUGUCCUUCAAGAAGAUGACCAUAUAUUAAAAUCCAGAGGAAUAAUGAUGCAAUUUGAUUCACAUGUGGAACAAAAUGUUAUGCCUGUAAAUAAUGAUGGCCCAAGUUGUUCAGCUUCUCCAACCUUUGUCAAAGUCAAGGAUGAACCUUGGGGUUACAGUGAAAACCACAAUGUUAACAAGGAUGCUAUGGGUAGCAUUUCUCUCAAACUCCCAAAUAUUAAAAGUGAAUGGGAAGUCCAUAAUGAAUAUCAUGAUGAUCAAGUGGAACAUAUGAGCUUAAUUGAUCGACUAAAUUUUCUCAUGGCUGGAGAGGAUUCUAGUUUAAAUAUUUCUACGAGUGACUCAUCUUUGAAGAAGACUAAGCCUUCUUCCUUUCUAUCGAGCUUUAUUUUUUCAAAUUCUGCAGAACCUUUAAGCAUCAACUGUAGACGAAAAAGGAAAAAAACAGCCACUGAUUCAGUUCAAACAGCACUGGAGGAGGAUGCUCCUGGGCUUCUGCAGGUUUUGCUUGACAAAGGUGUAUUGGUAGAUGAAAUUAAACUUUAUGGAGAGAAAGAGGAUAAUGAAGCUUUGGAUGAAUCAUUUUUUGAAGAUAGCUUUUCAGAGCUUGAGGCUGUGAUAACAAAGAUUUUCUCUCAACGGCACUCUUUUCUUAAAUUCCCUAUUACUCGGGCCUCAAAGGCUUCAAGAGCAAGCUAUUGCCUAGCUUGUCUUAUCUCACUUGUAGAGCAGACACGAUAUUUGAAAUUUCGAAAAUGGCCAGUUGAGUGGGGUUGGUGCCGAGACCUACAAUCAUUUAUUUUUGUUUUUGAGAGGCAUAACAGGAUAGUGCUGGAACGCCCCGAAUAUGGUUAUGCAACCUACUUCUUUGAGCUCGUAAAGUCCUUACCUGUUGAAUGGCAGAUCAAGCGGUUGGUGAUUGUUAUGAAACUGACUUCCUGCAGCAGGAUAUCCCUUAUUGAGAACAAAGAAUUAUUGGUUGGGGAAGAUUUGACUGAAGGUGAGGCAAAGGUGUUUAUGGAAUAUGGCUGGACACCAAAUACUGGCCUGGGAACCAUGCUUAACUACCGUGACAGAGUUGUGCAUGACAGGAAAAAUGAGAAGGACAGUUUUGAGUGGCGAUCUAAAAUAGGGAAAAUGCUGAUGGAUGGUUAUAAUGGCGGAACCAUAGUGAUGCCCAACAUCCCAAAAAAAGUUGAAGAAUACAUGUGCGCUAGCCCUUACAUUAGCUCUUGUAGUCCAAUGUCCGAUUAGAGGUUAGCUUGUGCAGUGUUUACUCAAUGUAUACUUUAGGAGCAUUUGUAAGAGUCUUGUCAUAAGUUAUUUCGGGCUCAUUUCAUUAAGUUUCAUGAUUAAAUUUAUGGCGUAAGCCUUCAUGUAAAAAGAAGUUAUUAUUAAGUGUAUAAUUAAGUAGUAUUU